GCGACUGUCAUUCACAACCCCCUGAAAGCGUGAAACCUCAGCAUAUUCAGAACUUGCUACAUUCCUCUGCAAAACCUUCUCCUGGACUCCCCACCUGGAUGAGCAGCGGCCGCAUCUUCCAAGUCAGCGGAGCUGGAAGUCACCUUGGACUCCUGUCUGUCAGGCUCGGGGACCAGUUCUACAAGGAAGCCAUUGAACACUGCCGGAGUUACAACUCCCGCCUGUGCGCAGAGCGCAGCGUGCGCCUGCCGUUCCUGGACUCGCAGACCGGGGUGGCCCAGAACAACUGCUACAUCUGGAUGGAGAAGAGGCAUCGGGGCCCAGGCCUUGCCCCGGGCCAGCUGUACACAUAUCCUGCCCGCUGCUGGCGUAAGAAGAGACGAUUGCACCCACCUGAGGAUCCGAAACUGCGGCUGCUGGAAAUAAAACCUGAAGUGGAGCUGCCCCUGAAGAAGGAUGGGUUCACCUCAGAAAGCACCACCCUGGAAGCCUUGCUCCGCGGUGAGGGGGUGGAGAAGAAGGUGGACGCCAGGGAGGAGGAGAACAUCCAGGAAAUACAGAGGGUUUUAGAAAAUGAUGAAAAUGUAGAAGAAGGAAAUGAAGAAGAGGAUUUAGAAGAGGAUAUUCCCAAGCGGAAGAAUCGGACCAGAGGACGGGCCCGUGGCUCCGCAGGUGGCAGGAGGAGGCACGACGCCGCCUCGCAGGAAGACCAUGACAAGCCUUACGUCUGUGACAUCUGCGGCAAGCGCUAUAAGAACCGGCCGGGACUUAGCUACCACUACGCUCACACUCACCUGGCCAGCGAGGAGGGGGAUGAGGCCCAAGACCAGGAGACCCGGUCCCCACCCAACCACAGAAACGAGAACCACAGACCCCAGAAAGGACCAGAUGGGACAGUCAUUCCCAAUAACUACUGUGACUUCUGCUUGGGGGGCUCCAACAUGAACAAGAAGAGUGGGAGGCCGGAGGAGCUGGUAUCCUGUGCAGACUGUGGACGCUCUGGUCACCCCACCUGCCUGCAGUUCACCCUGAACAUGACCGAGGCUGUCAAGACCUACAAGUGGCAGUGCAUAGAAUGCAAGUCCUGCAUCCUCUGUGGGACCUCGGAGAAUGAUGACCAGCUACUCUUCUGUGAUGACUGUGACCGUGGUUACCACAUGUACUGUUUAAAUCCCCCCGUGGCUGAGCCCCCAGAAGGGAGCUGGAGCUGCCACUUAUGCUGGGAACUGCUCAAAGAAAAAGCCUCAGCCUUUGGCUGCCAGGCCUAGGGUCCCCAGACACACAUAGAAGGUGACUUGCCGCUGGAGAGGCUGAAGCAGAGCCCAGUUCAAACCUGAUCGAGCCCCUACUCCCGUAUAUCCAGACAGACCAACUGUAAGGAGGAACGUCAAUCAGUAACCACAGAGCACGUGGAUACAGGGCAUCAAGGGGCGAGGUGUCUGCUUACCUCCUACAUGCAGGUUUCCGUUCUUCAGCCAGCCCCCCACCCCUUGUUUCUGCCAGAAAGAUGGUAAACUUUUGAAAAAUGACCCCAGCCACAGCCCUGUGGACCCUCCCUCACAUUUAUCCUAGCACCGUGGCCCUCUCACUGGUUCCCCAUUUUAAGGUCCCGUUUUGUGACCACCCAUCCCAUCAUUCCUGUGUGGUUUGGUGUUUCGUAUUAUCUAUCGUGUUCCAAGAAACUUUCACACAGCCUCCCUGCCCUCAGCUUCGUCUUUCCAUCCCGAACUCAGCAGAGGAACAAAGGGCUGCAGAGAAGUUUUUAUUUAUUACAAGCCUCCCUGGAAACUUCUAGACUCGGGACCAGGAGGCCAUCUAGAUGGUGAAGCUCUGAAAUCUCUCCUGGUACCUCCGUCUCUUUGAAGAAGAACUUUUUGCUGCUUUCUGCACCCACCCCCAGCAGAUAUCCAGUGAUAUCACUGACAGCCGAGGGUGGGGGGUCUCUAGAUGGUGCUGGGGAGGAAGGGGGUGGCCAUGAGAGGUGGGCGCAAAUGCUAUGAAGGUAAUUCCGAGGCCCCGUCAGAGCCAGUCAGUAUUUGCUGUCCAUCAGGAAUGGCUUUGCAAGGGACCAGACUGUCAGAGCUGGGGCAUCCUUUAGGAGAGACAGGCCACAGCGUGGGCGGAGCUCUGGAGAGGUCAAGACUCUGCUUUCCAUUCGGUCUGUGUCUGGAGCUUUCCCUGGUGGACCAAGAACCGGGAAGGUGAGUGAAGGCUGCCAGGUCAAGAAUCUGAAUAUUGGUCCCGAGGACUGCAGCUCCGAGUAUUGCAACCCUUCAGUAUUGACGGGACACCACGUAUCGCUUUUCCCAAGUAACUCCUUCCUUUCGCAUCAUGUACGUUUGCCAUUGUUUGCUGAGACCCGACUCUGGGAACUUCAGGAUGAGGGAGAAAUGAUUCCCUAAACAAAUAACUGGGAUGAUGUGAUUAUUUAUGACCAGGGUGACCAUCACUCAGAACCUUCAGCUUGAGGUCUGCUCUUGUCUCCGAAGUCCCCAGUCCACACUGGAUUCUUCCUUUGAAAAAAAAAAUGUGUUGAGGAGGAAGAGGUGGGGAGGCGCUCAGAUUCCGAGCAGUCUGUGUUGGAAGUCAGCCCCGUGGGCUGGAGUGGGCCAGGCCACCUUUGAACCUCCGCAGCAGUGGCGACAGGAGCAACACACAAUAAAUGACACAUUUCUGGAAAAAUCAUUUGCCCAAAGGGCAGGUCUCGGUGAACCGGACCCUCACACGUGCUCAGCUUCCUUGGAAUCAGCUCCAUCUCUGUGGUCCGGCUGCUUACAACAAAGGCCCAGGUUAUUUUUAGACCUUCAGCUUCUGAAAAAAGCCCCCCGGAGGCCUGGAGGCUCCAACCACUUGGGCCACCUCUGCCAGGCUGCGGCCUUCUCGCCAGGACUUGGCAAGAGCCCUCCUUCCUGGCUAAUUGCUCUUGGCCAGUGGACCUGGGGCAGCCUGGCCGGGAGCCAAGCUGUGUGGGUCUCUCUGCAGGGUGCCCUGUGGCCAGAGGUGGAGGUCAGCCUCCUGCAGGGGCCUGUGGCCUCAGAGGGAGUUACACAGGGACAUAAUGAUCUCGUUUGAAGGGCCGACCAGAUGGGAUUUCCACCUUCCUCUGGAGGGAUUUCCUUCCCCCUGUUGGUUGGUGCACCCGUUUUGGAUUCUGGAGGCCCAGGGAGGGUUUGGGAAGCUGCCGUGUGGUCACACCAUCAUCCGUUUACCCGAGAGGGUCACAUCGGAGGGCCAGAUUUCCUCCCCCCGACGGCCCUGGCUCUCUGUUCUCCCACAAAACCCAAAGUGGGCAUCCUCAAAGUCUGAUUAUUGGAUUUGAAAAAUCACUUUGAUUUAAUUUUAGGAAAAAAGUCGUCAAGCUGUUUGCAAAAUCCACAAAUGGCUUAAAAGCUUAAAAAAGCAAAUCUGAAACCAAACAGUGACCCUGCAUGUGACAGACUCUCUUCAGAGAGUGUUUCCCACCUCAACACAGUUGAUGGGUUGGGGAGAGGGGACUGUGUUUUUUCUCCAGACAUUCUGGCUGCCACAUAAGCUGUGAGGGUGUGAUUGAGUCUCGCAGACCAAGGAGGGUGCUGGAAUCUUCCACGGGGUGAGGGUGGCCAGGACUCUAAACUGAACAUCAGGAAGGUCCAGAAUUUCCUUUUCCAUUUCACUCCCUGCAGGAUAGACCUCAGUUUCCCCAUCUGGAAAAUGGGGACAGCAAAGCCGGCUGGUGAGAUGGCACUUGCAGGAUACUGCAAGCAAAAAUCACGGUCACACUGAUCACUUUCCAUACUGAAAAAAGGAAGGUGUUGGUCAACAACUGCUCUUUUUUUGAGCCCCCAGAAAAUGAGCUGGAAUCAUGGGUGCACGUGGAUGCUCAGGGGUUUUGUUUUAUCCCUGCCACUGAGUAGCUGUUUGACCUUGGGCAAAGCACUUAAUGUCUCUGAACCUCAGUUUGCCCAUCUGUGAAAUGGAGAUAAUACGUGUCCUGCCGGUCCCACAGUGAUAUCAGGAGUCUUAAAAGGCAUAAUGUUAUAUAAGUCAUCACUGGAGAGCUGGGCUUGUCAGGUAGGGACCCCCAAAAUGAUUUUCACACCCACUUUCUCGUGUGAGUUAGCCAAGGUUAGAUGCCUUCUUGGAAUUGCCGUUUUGACCAAAGGGGGUUUAUGUUUUAAGGAGCAGGCUGCCUGUAGUCAGGGUCACUAGGUCAAGCUGUGACAAGAAUAUCGUGACUGAGCAUGGAUCUGUGGUGGAAGGUGAGGCUGUACCCCGGGACUGGGGAUUUCAGAAGGAAGAUGCUCCUUCUACAAGGUCAGCGCAGCCUAGAACGGGGCUCUGCCUUCUGGGGAGGGCUGUUGUUCAGUUCAGUGUAACAGUUGCUUAAAAACUGAUUUUUAAAGCUCAGUUCUGCUAGUUUCUAGCAGAAAUGACUUGGGGAGAUGACUUAACCUCUCUGAGCCUCAUGUUCCACAUCUGAGAAGGCGGGGAUCUGGCCUAUCCAGCAGGGUUCUUUCAGGGACUAGAGGCAGUGUUGCUGAAGAUCCCGGCACGGGGCUUGGGUUCCUUGGUUGGGGGGCAGAGGGGGACCCCCACACUGUGGUAGCUCCUGUCAGUGUGCACAGAGGCCACCGUGUGGAGCUAAGAAUGCUGCUGCCUCCCAGCUCAAAGCCUGGGCACAGCCAGGGUGCCCUGGUUCAGCUUCACCCCGAUGCUGUGGCUCCCGCCCGCCAGAGGGGAGGUGCAGCUGCAGGGUCCAAGCUGGAAGUUGAAACCCUCUGUUUCCUGUAGGUAUUUUCGAAAUGCUUCCUUUGGGGCCUGCGGCAAAUCCAGGGCAGGCACCAGAGUGAAGAAAUAGAGAGACAAGGCCCCUGGUGGGAUGUUCACCUUCUGACGUUCCUCCUCAACCCGGCACUGAGUCAGAGCCCCUGAGGCGGGAGCCAGCCAGUCCCAAGGCGCCCCUGCUCCCGUCACUGCCCCGGAGCCAGGUAGGAGGCCUGCGCAGGCCUCGGGGGCAGCUGCUUCCCUGGACUUGGCUCAGUCUGUCUGCAACCAGGAUAGCAAGCCCAUGGGAGGGAGGCCAGAUUCCUUCGGAGCUGGGGAGGAGAGCAGGUUUAAGGUUGGGGGAGGGUUUGGCUUUCACAGUGAUGGUUUCAUGAUACCCUGGAGAGUUUACGCUCAUGGUGCAUUUUAGUCUUUGUGCUUUGAACACAGCAUGAUUCCUUUAUGCCCUUCCCUUUAAAAGUUCAGAUAUUUUAAGGAAGAAAAAUGAGAUGAUUAUUAUUACUCUUCCUAUAGGGGCAAAUUUAAGAGACAGAUCUAUGCUCUUGAAGAAAAAUUAUGGGCACCCUUAGGCUUCCAGACUCAGAGAAGAGGGGCCUCUGGUAUCUUCUUUGAGUCCUUGUGUAGGAGGUGAGGGGGGAGCUCCGAGGACCCCCUUCUCUGCCCCCUAGGAGGUUCUCAGUCUGAAUGCGGGUGCUGGGACCACGCCCCCGUUCCUUUCAGUCCCUGAAGCCCCAGGCUCCCCCCUGCCACCCACUGUGGGCCCCUGCUCAGGGCGCGCCUGUGUCCCAUCCCUAGGGAGACAUGGCCUCCUGGGUCAGAGCUGAGCUCACACGCCAGGUGAAGGUGCCCUGCUUGCCUCCUUUUCCGAGCUGGACAUCUGUGUCACCUAGAGUAGGCUCACGUCCCUGGAGAGGGAGGGAGGAAGGAGUGGAAAGGGUCAAAUAUUUUCACUUUAGGCAAAGUAAAAUGAAGAGAAUUGGGGCUGGGGGAGGGCCCUUGAGGAGGGGGCCAGAAACCUGGGUUUCCCUUAGGAAGAAAUCGUGCACUUAAAUAACUAGAAGGCAUGGGCAGAAAGAGAUGCUCUAACUCAUUUUUUUUCUCCCUAAAGGCCUAAGAUCCUGGUAACAGGUUUUUUAGCUUGUUUGUUUCCCCAAAGGCCGAACCUUUGUCAGUUCUGGACACCAAGCCAGCUCUACCUUUUUCGAGACACCCCUGGCCUCUGGCCCCCUGGGUUAGCAGAGGGGGUGCUUCAGAGACCAAAGCAGGCAGGAGUGAUGCCCUUCAUCCAGCUGGAGGUGGGAGGUACAGAGGGUCUCCUGGUUGAUAGUUGCAAAUUUCCCCAAUCCCACAGAAAAAGCAUCCUUUUGACGUUAGUGAGAUGAGCUGCUGAGGUCCUCCUGGUCUGGAGGGAAGGUGGGGGCAGGGCAGAGAAAGCGGUGGUGGCUAAGGCCAGGCUGGGUCACCUCCUGCCGCCCUGGGAGUGGAGGACUGCCAGGUGCUGCCUCUAGAGGGGUCAGGCCUGGGAGGCCCUCCCUGACCCGGUCCCCAAGCCCAGCCUGCCAGCAGCUGGGACCCCAAGAAACGGGGGACCUGACCAGGUCCCCUACCGCCCAGCAAGCUGAAUGGGGUUCCUCUUCCUCCUGUUGUCUGCUUCCCCUUUAGAGGAUCUUACUCCCACCCCCAAAAGGAUGCUUUUGGUUUUCCAGUUAGCCCAGUUCCCCCUAGACACCAGGUGAGUCCGGAAGAGGGUGGAAGCACAGAUGCUUUUGUUUGCCUCAGGCCUUCGGGUCUCCCCACCCAGCUCCAUGGCCCUGCAGAUUUCCCUGAGUCUACCUGGUCAGUGAUCAGAGGCGGGGCUCUGCAGUUAUCAGGGGGGUUACGACAUCCCCCUUCCCCCACUCCGCCAGUUCCUGAUCAUUCCCAGGGCGUGGGUAUCUGGUCUCAAUUCUCCAUGGCCACCAGCCCCGGGUGGAGAAAGAGCAGAGCAGGUGGGUUAGUUCAGGGUCUUCCAGGGGGCCCGAGGGGGCUUUGACCAUGGGGAGCUGGGCCCAGGAAACUGUCAGGGGGAGGGUCGUGGUUUCCCAGAAGGAACAGAGGCCCCCUGUGUGAGGGGAAAGCUUUGGAAGGGGGCAGGUUCCCAGAGGAGGCACUCUCCGGGCUCUCAGGGGGCCCUGCCCAUGUCCCCUCAGAUGGCUGAGACCUGAGGUAGCUCCCCAGGGUCCUGGGUGGGA